AAAUCCUGCGCAAAGUUUUGACAUCACCAUGGAAACGACCUAACCAAAAAUAUUGUUUGGUCAAUGAUGGACUGGUUAAGUCAACUUAAAAGUGCGAAAAAGUCGUGCAUGGUGCAAAAUAACCUGAAGAAAGUCCACUAUGACUUUGGUAAUGGUAAGGAAAUGGUCGAGGAGUACAACAUGGACACCAAUGUGGUGACCCGAAGGGCCUGGAAGGUCAAGGGCGAAAUGGGCGGCGAAGGCGAAUGGGACAUUGAAUUGGGGGACCCUGAGGUGAAUCCCACCAAGGAACAAAAUUUAAUCAUUCGGGAAAAUUCUGGUCAGCCUGUGGUGUCCAGACGAAAUACACGAAUCAACCUUGAGUGGCGUAUUAGGAAUUUGCCAUAUCCCAUCGAAACAUAUUCCGUGACUGUUGAUAAUGAAAAAAAUUGUCUGGUUGUUAAAACCACAAAUAAGAAAUAUUACAAAAUUUUAAGAGUUCCUGAACUUGAUAGACUGCGUAUUGCACCACAGCAUGAGGCAAUUCAAAUUGCUCACAAAUAUAAUACGUUAAUUAUUACGUUCAAAAAACCCAAAGAAUUAUUAGAAUUUGAGAAAAAGGUUCUUGAGGAGGUAAGCAAAAUCCAACCAAAGAAUUUUGGCGAUAUGGACUGCAAACCAAGCUAAUUUAUUCACAAUUAUGUAUUUUCUUUUUAACGUUAAUAAUAUACUUAUAAGAAUA